AUGGAGCACGUAAGCAAAAGCGUCACCCUCGUCGAGCUCAAACGCUCUCUCGUUCCCCCGAAAUGGGAGGAUACCGUGCGUGUUAUUGGCAUGUCGGAGUGCAAGGAGGCCGGCCUCUCGCUGGCCCAUGCCUUUGCUGCUGAUGAACUUAGCCAGUACCUCCUCGACGCCGAUGACAUGGCCAGCUACUCGGCAGAACACAAGUGGAAGCUACAUGUCGACAUCAUGACUUACAUCACAGCCUCUCACUGUUACGAUGGACUUGUCACUACCAUAGGUCCCGACCACGACGGCGUCGCUCUCUGUGGUAUGUGGCGGCUCUACUACCAGCUCACCGCGGAAGGCAGGAGUCGGUACUAUGACGAGUUAAUGCCCCUGCUACACGACACGAAGCAUGAGGUCAUGGGAGAGCGGGACAAUGACUGUUACUAUCUGGUCUAUCUAGGGACCAAGCCCAGUGCCCGAGGCAGGGGGUAUGCGCGGAAGUUGCUUAACGACAUGAUUGAGAGGGCCGACGCGGAAAACCGCGCCGUGUACCUAGAGUCGAGCUCCCUCUCCAAUAACGUCUACUACAGCAAGUUCGGCUUCGAGUACAAGCGUGAAAUCCGCUUGACUCGUGGGAACACCCCCGUCAGUCUGUUCGUCAUGGUCCGCGAACCGAUCCCCCGCAAAACGGGGGUCUACUCGGCCGUCGUGGCUAGCAACAUCAAGAUGCAAGUCAACACGGUCAUGAAGGAAGUGUCACUGGUGUGA